AUGACAAAAAAAUACAUCUGGAUUGAUUGCGAGUUUACUGGAUUAGAUCAUAAAAACGAUAAAAUUCUUGAAAUCGCCUGUUUAGUCACAGAUACAAAUUUGAAAAUAUUGGACCCAUCUGGGUUAAUUACGCGAGUACGGAAUUCAAAAAAUACUCCUCAAGAUGUGGAAAAGCAGCUAAUCUCUUACCUCAAAAGAUUUAUAGGUCGUGAUAAGGGGAUCCUUUGCGGAAACUCAGUUUAUGUUGACCGCAUUUAUAUUGAAAAAGAUUUUCCUAAAGUAGUUGAGCUGUUAUAUUUUCGGCAAAUUGAUGUAUCCUCCAUUCGCGAGUUUGGCUUGGUUCAUAACAACCUCCUCAUGAUGCGUGCCCCUAGAAAGAACAACAAACAUGAGGCUAUGGAGGAUAUUAAGGAAAGUAUUGCAGAGCUGCGCUGGUAUGCAAACAAUUAUCUCAAAAAAUCUCCUCUUUAUCAGUGUUAG